GUCCCUUUUCCUUUCUGCUCUGCUCUGCUUCCGGGCCAGCCAUGGCCUCUUUCUUGGACCUAGACAGCAUGGACGACGGGGAAGCUACGCCGCCGAUUUGCACCAGCCGCUUCGUUUUCGGAUGUGAGCUGAACAGCAGUGCGCGUUCCUAUACUUUUAAAGUCUCGGAAGAAGAUGAUUCGGAUCACUUCCUAGCUCUGAAUAUGGCUUGUCUGUCCGAAGGUGCCAAAGAUGAAUGCAACAUUGUGGAAGUGGUUGGUCGUGACUAUCAGAACAAGGAGGUUGCUGUGCCUGUGGCCAACCUGAAGUUGUCGUGCCAGCCCUGGUUGUGUUUAGAUAAUUUUGAGUUCCAGCCCCCGGUGACCUUCCGUCUGCGCUCAGGAUCUGGCCCUGUUCAUCUUUCAGGACAACAUCAAAUCAUUCACAGAAAGGAUCUCUCAGAUGAUGACUUCAGUGACGAUGAAGAGGAAUCUAUUGAUCAGGAGGAAGAGCUUUCACCUAUCAAGCCAGCCAAGAAGAAACAAAAAUCAUAGCUGAGCUUCUCUGUAGGUACCUGUUCAGUUGCCUGAGAAUGCUCAUCCUAAGUGGAAUAUUACUGAGUUCUUGUUUUCAUUAAUUAAGCUUGUUAUAUUAUUGUAGGAUACCUUGGGCAGUUCUCCAUUCACACACCAUUAGUACUGACCUCUUGACAAAUUGGCCUUUUCAUCUAAAGGCUCUGGACAGGAAAUGUUCCACAGCUUUUUGCUCGUUAACCCCACCUCUGAUUUUAUAUUCUAAAUAGCAUAGUGUAGUGUGGAACAGAGCUGGCAGACAAGGAAAGUAGCUACUGUAUCUGCAAUACUAUGGUAGGGACCCUCCAGUAUGCAGCUUUCCUUCUCAUGGGAGUGUUACAGACAUAUGUGCUCAUCUUGGAAAACUGGCAGUUGUGGCAGCAGCUUGAUGAAGUUGGUCUUGUCUUCUCCCCAAAAGAUGUGAGGGGCGGUACAGCCAUCUAGAUGUGGUUAGCUGUGGGGCUAAAAAAAUAGGUGCCCAUAUCCUGGAUGUGAUUGAGAUUUUUGUUUGUGACAAGUGCUACAGGUUUUAUUUUAUUGAGGUGCAUCUGGAACUGAAUUAAAUAGCUCACUGAAUCUGGUGGCUGUUAGAAAUAACAGAUGUUUCUUAUUCUGCGCAAAGAAAAAUCUGUGGAGUUGUUGGAGAAUUGCAAGCGUAUAACUUCCACACCUGGAAAAAAGAAAAUCAAUAUUGUGAUGUUUUCUAAUAAGAAUUUCCUGAUACUAAGAAAACUAUCCAAUUAUAAGCCCUUUGCUCCUGAUAUUAUUUAUUUUUUUCCAGGUAAAAAGCAGGGCCUGUUUUCCAAAUGCUUUAUAUCUGUUUUUAAGGUUACUUUUUUUUUAAAAAAGUGAACAAUAUCAACUUCUCAGGGAAAGUUAUACUCCAUUUCACUAACUUAGGGUGGCUCCUAAUUUUGUUUUGCUGUGAACCACAUUCUCUGCAAUAGUUGAUAUAUUCCAUAACUAUUGAGGAUGCUUCCUAGAUUCACUCUCUGAGAAAAAAAUAAAGAUAUAUUUUUUAUUUAUCUUGAUACAUUUUAACACAUUGCUCGCUAUUGGCCAGAUGGAAUUUAUUACAAUUUAUAAUUCAGAACAAGCUGGAGAGAGACAAAUUUUUACUCUUAAUAGAUAGCUGAGAAGGCUGCCUGUAUGUUUUGCCCUUGUUUCUGGUGUCCUUUUUUAAAUAAACGCAUUUGUUAUACAUG